GAUCAAGGCAACAACAACACUUCCCUCGCUCAUCCAAACACGAUCUAGGCCUUGCCACACGCUCAUAUCGCUCCAACCCCGCUGUCCUUUCCACAGUCCUCAUCAAAAUGUCCAAACGGCCGGAAACCGGCCGAACAGCUAGCGAUGGAGCUUCCACACUCCCGGCGUCAGGCGACUCGUCCACAGCCGAGCUCACUGCCGUCGUCGAUGAGCUACUCGGCCAACUCAAUCAGAAAUUCAGUACUAUAAGUAGUGAAUUGCUGUCAAAAAUGGAUGACAUGUCUCGACGACUCGACAAUCUCGAAGCCACGAUUCAGGGUGGAGAAGGCAAUAAAGCAGGGAAGUAGGGUCGCGGAAUUAGCGUGUUGAAAGACAUCGAGACGAAGUUUAUCAGCAGAGGGAGUGUCUCGGGUGUCUAGUAGUGGGGUUUUCCUUGGACUUAAGCUUUAUUUUGGUUCCUCAUCCGUAGAUUGUGGGACUGGAGUUUAAGGCGUUGCACGGGGGAAACGAAGCCAUUUUGGGAUCCUCGAAUACCAUCUUGAUAGUUUUGCA